CCACAUCUCGCUAGUGCUUCUUCUUUUUCAAUCAUAUGAUUUAACUCCCGUAAAAUGUCAACACAAAAAAUUGAAAAGGAAGCUGCUAGCCAACUGUUGGAUUCCCUUUACCUGGACAUGUUCCAUUUAAUCGAGGACCACACGCAAAGCCGCAUUAAUAUUGAACGAACAAACGCCAGUGGAGCCAUUCUUCUUGCCAGAACGCGUUUCCAACAAGGAGGCAAUAAUUCAGUCUCCGUCGCACAGAUACCCACCAAAAAUAGUACAGAAUUUAAUGCCCUUUGUCGGGUUGUAAGUGCAUCUGACGAAAAGAACGGAAAUGAGAUAAGCAUCGAACGUCACGCUGUGGAGAAGUCUACUGGAUACGUGGAGCCUCUAAAUUGGUUUAGUGUACUGCCACCAAUGAGUCUUCGGCAGGCCGCUUCUACAUUUAAAGAUUGUAUUGAAUUGCUGGCAGAGAGCGCUAAUCUUCAACGACAAUUGGAUGCUAUAAUUAAUAACAUCUCCAGCAUGAAGCAGUUUAUAAUAAAGCAAUAAAUAUUCGCAUAAAUAUGUACAUUUAUUUAAGACCAAAA